CCCGGUACCCGCUACCUGCCCGAUCCCGCUCCGCAUUCCCAGCAGCCCUCAUGGGCUCGGCGGGAGGGACGCCCCGGGGCCGGCGGUAGUUCGGGAGACGGGCCCUCCCCUGGCUCAGUCUCAGACCAUGAACUACAUGGGGCACCUGGCUGAGUCCGUCUUUGUCACGGUGAAGGAGCUGUACCAGGACCUGAACCCUGCCACCCUGACAGGCUGCAUCGAUGUGGUGGUGGUGAGGCAGCCCGAUAACUCCUUCAAGUGCUCCCCAUUCCACGUGCGCUUCGGGAAAGUGGGAGUGCUGCGCUCCAGGGAGAAGGUGGUUGACAUUGAAAUCAACGGGGAGCCUGUGGAUCUGCACAUGAAGCUGGGAGACAAUGGAGAGGCCUUCUUUGUCCAGGAGUCAGAGGAGAAUGAGGACAGCAUCCCCUUCUGCCUCUGCACGUCCCCCAUCCCCAUGGAGCAGAGCCUGAAGGAUUCUGUCCAGCCGUCCCACGGGCAGGAGGCCACCGGCGCUGAAGUGACCCAGCGCAAGAGGAGGCGACGCAGGAGAAAGGCCAAGAGGAAGGAAGUGUUGGACUCAGAGUCUGAAAGCUCUGAUGAGACCAAAGGCAAGAUGCCUAUGGAGGAACCGUGCAAGCUGCCAGCCCCAGGUGGUGCAGAGUGUUCAUCCUUCACUGGUGCCCUUGAAGAAGAAACCCUGUUGUUGCAGUCCCCAGAGAUGCACCCGCACUCUGACGGGGAGCUGGCCUCUGUGGACAGCUUCAUGCUGAGCCAUCUAUCUUCUCCCAAAAGUGAUUCUGAACUGGAGAUCAGAUCACAGGACAGUUUUGCUCUAGGGGCUGAAUCCCACAUGCAGUGGACCUGGGGAAUGCUCCCUCAGGUGAAUAAAUUGGAACAAGUUGAACCAGCCAAGCCCUCGAAGACCAUUGCUACUGCAAGAACCUCCAUCUCUGCAGCACUGGUCCCAGUGGAUGAGGCAACUCCUCUUGCUGCCACCUCUGAAAGUCUGGAAGGGAAUCCAAGUCCAGCAGGACCUCAGGACAUACCCUGUUCCUCGGCUGUGUCUGUUAUUGAGACAACACUUGCACCCCAGGAUGGGAACAGCAUCCCCAGUGCUGGGGGGGCAGAAAGGUUGUUGGGGGCCUCCUCAGUCCCACAAGAGAACCAGGAGGAAGAUGGGAGUGUUGUGCCAGAGGUUCAGCCGGUUGUGGAGCCCUUUGAGGGAGCCACUGCUCGAAGGCGGGCAGGCUCAGAGGGCCCUGAGCACCAGCGGGAGAGGCAGAGGAGCCAAGGAUCCAUCAAAAGAAGUCCUCACUUGGGUCCCAGUGACAUUUACCUGGAAGACCUCUCUAACCUGGAUGAGCAGGAGGUGGCUCUCUGUUUCCCCAGGAGCAAAAGAAGAAGCACAGAGCAGAGUUUGAGGCCUGUGACAGACCCCAGCAGCCCUGUGUGUGUCCAGCUGCCACCCAGCUUGCCUGCUGACACCCCCCCGGACUGCGACCCCGUGCCCGCGGUCGCCCUGUCGCUGUGCGGGGGCCUGAGGGGCAGCAAGCAGAUCUCUCACGAGAAGUUCCUGGAGCACAUGGUUUCUUACCAGCAGUUUGUUGAGAAUCCAAGGCUUGUCAAUGACCCAAACCUGGUGAUACUCAUCAACAACAAGUAUUACAACUGGGCAGUGGCUGCUCCCAUGGUCCUUUCCAUGCAGGCUUUCCACAGGAGCAUUCCUGAGAGCAUCAUUGACGACCUGGUGAAGGAGAAGAUGCCCAAGAAAGGCAGAAGGUGGUGGUUCUGGAGGAGGAAAGAAUUCCCAGCAGAGGAGAAUCAGCCAAAGCCAGAGAAAGCCAACGAGGGGAUGCUGCAGCCUGACUCUGCUCAGCAGAGGCAGGAGGAAGAAGGCUCAUCCAGUGAUUAUGAGACCCUGCACUCUGGGCACAUGUUGGCAAUAGAGGCCCCUGCUCAGAAACCUCUGCCAACCUACAAGAAAUCCCUGCGGCUCUCCUCCGAACAGAUCGAAAGGUUGAAUCUGCAGGAUGGCCCCAACGAGGUGGCAUUCAGUGUGACAACUCAGUACCAGGGCACGUGUCGCUGCGAGGCCACCAUCUACCUGUGGAACUGGGAUGACAAGGUGGUGAUCUCGGACAUCGACGGCACCAUCACCAAGUCAGAUGCUCUGGGGCACAUCUUGCCUCAUCUGGGUAAAGACUGGACUCAUCAUGGGAUUGUUAAACUCUUCCACAAAAUUCACCUGAAUGGCUACAAGUUCCUCUAUUGCUCAGCCAGGGCGAUAGGCAUGGCCCACGUCACCAAAGGCUACCUCAAAUGGGUCAAUGACCAAGGCUGUGCCCUCCCCAGGGGCCCCAUCCUGCUUGCCCCCAGCAGCCUCUUCUCUGCCUUCCACAGGGAGGUGAUUGAGAAGAAGCCAGAGGUGUUCAAGAUCGCCUGCCUGAGGGACAUCCAAAACCUGUUUGCCCCAAAGUGUCCCUUCCACGCGGCCUUUGGGAACAGGAGCAAUGACGUCUACGCGUACAAGCAAGUGGGGCUGCCAGAGAGCCGCAUAUUCACGGUCAACCCCAGGGGAGAGCUGAUGCAGGAGCUCACCAAGAACCACAAGUCAACGUACGAGCGGCUGUCGGAGCUGGUGGAGCUCAUCUUCCCUCCCCUGGAACAGAGGGGGAGAGCUGGUCUGGCGUGCCCAGAGUACAGCCACUUUUCCUACUGGAGACCUGUGCUGCCUGAUGUUGACUGGGAUGCCUUCUUCUAACCCCAUUCCCUGUGGAGGCCUGACCCAGGGCUCUCCUGUGCGUCCUUUGCCAGGACUGAAUGCUCCAGCUGCACCUCUUCCCCCGUUCGCUGCUCAGGCAUUUUGCACUUGUAACAGAGGCCAUGACACCCCUUUUCAGGUGGCUAAAGGGAGUAAAAGGGAGCUCUGACUCUACAAAACCUCCAGUUGCUAAACUAAAACUAUUGUAAGCUAAUGUUUGUAACCCCUCUAAAGCCUGGCUCUUUUUUAGAGGUGGUGGUUGAUCACUGUUUUAUUUACUGAUGAACCUCUGGCAUAGCUAUUGCUACCUCCAGUAUGACCAGAGUUCCCAGACAGUCCAGCUACCUGCAGCUUGGUAGCUGGUGGAGUGAAACUGCCCACCAAAUCAUUAAGGUGGAUGGAAGAUGUUGGGUAUUGGAGUGUUUUUGACUAAUAGCAAUAAUAAAUAAUGCCUCCAGUCUGGCA